AUGGCCAAAGAAAAGAGCUCAAAGAAAUCAACUGGUGCCAAGAAACUUUCUCCUUACAAUAAGUAUAUGAAAACUGAACUUCCCAAAAUCAAAGCUGAAGAUAAUACUCUAAAUCAUAAAGAAGCUUUCAAAAAGGCCGCUCAACGUUGGAAAGACUCACCCGAAAAUCCCAAAAAUCAAACAAAAUAG